AUGAAAAAUUAAGCUCUUGUAUUGGUUUUAUUAGUAUAUACCGUAGUCUAGGUUUAUGGAGAGCCCGUAACAGUUUCUUAAUCUUUCACAGCAAACGAUUUUACAGACGCAGAUGGUAAGAAAAAUUAUUAAUAAUAUAGGCUGGACGGUCGCUGGAGGACUUGCUCAUGUUACAGAGUGCAGUGGCACAAAGAUGUUUGGAGGUUUUGGAAAGUUUGGUGCCAGGGCUGUUGCAAGUAAAGUAAUUGAACUUCCACCACAUUCAUUAAUUAAUUUAAAACUUUAAUUUUGGAAGUAUGAUACAUAUAAUAACAUUAUAGGAUUGAUUCAUGGGACAAUGAAGAAGCCUAUGUCUUUGUUGAUGACUAAUUAGUAUGGUCAAGAAGAUUCUAAUUCAAUGAAGGUGAGGGACAAAAAUGCGGUUAGGGAGGAGACUGGAAGGAAAUGAUUGUUAAUCUUAACUUGAAUGUUAAGCACACAGGUCCAACAGCAGUCAUUGUUAUUACAUCCAACUUGAAUGAAGCUGCUGAUAAUGUAAGAUACAAUUAUAAUUUAUUUAGGAAUCAUGGGCUAUUAGAGACUUUAUUUUAUCUGUAGAAAAAUGCCCAGAAGGAUGUGCUGCUUGUUAAGUUGAUGAUAAAUUAGAAAACUGUUAAUUUUGGUAAUCAUUCGCUUCAAGUUGGACUGCCUUAGAUUCUAAUAAAUUAGGAGCUGAUGGUUGGGAUGUUGCUGGUGGAUAAGCUCAUUCUACUUAAUGUGGACGUAACUAUUUAAAUUAAAUUAUUUAGCUGCUGGUAUUUUUGGAGGUCUUGAUAAGAUGAUGGCUAGAGCAGUUGUCAGUAAAGUUCUUAGAAUCAAACCACAUUACAAACUUAAGAUUAAGGUACUUUGGGCUAAGGUUGAUUCUUGGGAUAAUGAGGCUGCUUAAAUCAAAAUUGAUGGAAAAUUAGUUUGGGAAAGAAGAUUCUAAUGGUAUGAAGGUUACUUUGGUAAGAUAUGUGGUUGCCCUGUAUUUGAAUGGAAAUCAAUGUUUGCUAGAACAGAAGUAGAUGUUGAUCAUACUGGUGAAUAAGCUAAGGUUGAAUUCACUUCAACUCUUGAUGAAAUAGUACAUGAAUCAUUUGGUUUGAGAGAUUUAUAUAUUUUCUAUGCAGCUUGUGCUGAUAAUUGUGCUGAAUGUACAGGACCAAAAGAUUCUGAUUGCAAAAGUAUUAUAAUACUUUAUUAAAAUAGAAUGUGCCAAUAAUUGGGCUUUAGUUGGAGGUAAAUGUCAAGCUUUACCAAACUUUAUUCUUUUGGAAUAAUCUUUCUUGGAAGAUAAAUUCACUGGAACUAAUGGUUGGAUUCUUACAAACAAUAAAGCAGGAAGAACUGUAUCUGAAUGCAAUGGUAAGUCUAUGAUUGGAGGUCAUGAUAUAAUGGGUAUUGGUGCCAAUGCCAAAAAAACAUUUGAAAUUCCACCACACAAGAGACUUAGAUUAUAAUCAACAAUCUAUAAGAUUGAUUCUUGGGAUGGAGAAUUCAUGAUUAUCAAGGUAGAUGGAACUGAUGUAUGGAAAACAUCUUGGAAUCUUUAAACCGGAGGUGCAAAUAUCUGUGGAUUAGGUAUUUGGUGGGAUGGUUUUACUAAUGUUGAUGAAAUCUUCAAUCAUCAAGCUCCAAAAGCUGAAAUAGUCUUUACAUCUACUUUGGAUUAAGAUGCCAUUGAUGGUAAUACUAUAUUUAAAAAUUAUUAGAAUCAUGGGGUUUCAGAGACUUCAAAUUAUGGUAUGAACCAAAGGAAGCUUGUGCAGUAUUCUAUAGUGAAUGUGAUUACAAAGGAGCUUCAUUUGAAUUUUGCUCUAAAUCACCAGAUUUCUAAAAAGACAAUAUUCCUCCAUAAAUUAGAUCUAUUAGGAUUCCCCCAUAAGGAAGAGUAACUUUAUAUGAGAACACAGAUUAUAAUGGAAAGAAGGUUAUUUAUACCUCAGAUUAAGAUUGUAUCAAAAGCUUUGAUGUAAUAAUUUUAAUUAUAUUAAAUUAGUUUUCAUUGAUUCAAAUGAGUGGACAUGUUGAAGGAGGUUGGAUUGAAGUAGAGUAAUGA